GCUUAUGACCUAAAUUACGAGCAGUGUUUGCUUAGUUCAACAGUCGAUCGGGAAUCACCGCGACGGUAUCUUAAUGCUAAUAGAUAAACACAAGGUUUUCCUUAUUGGAUAUCUUCUUACAGUGUACAUAAUUUUUAAAAACAAUGAUGUUCAUUGUUUAUGCACAUUAUUCAUAGUCUUCAUUACUCAUGACAACUCGUUUAUUUCCAUUCAUUUGAACGUUGUUCUUUCUAAAGACUGUAUCCUACGAACCUUUCAAGUUAUAAGAUAAACGCAUUUUAAUUAUAUUAGAGUAUUAUUGAAUAAUUGCGAAUUACUUUGUUAAAUUACUAACACUGUUUUCUUUUUUAGGUGGAAAAAAAAUGUUUCCGCCCGGGAUCGAACCGGGGACCUUCCGCGUGUUAGGCGGAUGUGAUAACCACUACACCACGGAAACCGAUGAAUAUCAAUUGAGGAAUGGAAGAGUACGCGAGAGAACCAUGCCCCUGGCGUAUAGUAGAUGACUGUGGUGGUGCAUUUACAAUGGGUGCCAUUGGUGGUGCUGUAUUUCAAAGUAUUAAAGGUUUUCGUAAUGCACCCAGUGGAAUAAACAAAAGGCUUCUGGGAAGUCUAAUGGCUAUUAAACAAAGAUCCCCAAUUAUUGCUGGAAACUUUGCAUUAUGGGGAGGUAUGUUUUCAACAAUAGAUUGUACAUUGGUUCAUCUUAGGAAAAAAGAAGAUCCUUGGAACUCUAUAAUUAGUGGAGCAGCAACUGGUGGAAUAUUAGCAGCAAGAAAUGGUUUACCAGCCAUGGCUGGUAGUGCAAUUAUUGGAGGAGUGUUGUUGGCUUUAAUAGAAGGUGUUGGAAUAUUUAUCACACGUUUAUCUGCGGAUCAGUUUAAACCUCCAUCUUUCACAGAAGACCCAACGCAUCUGGGGCAAGCAUCUCAGGGUCAUCCAUCAUAAAACAUUUAUAAAUACUUAGACACAUUUCAAAUUACACUCAAAUAAUUAAGUACAAAUGUUUCAUAUUGUUUGAAACAAUAGUAGUUGGAAGUUAUCAUAUUGCCAGUGCAUCAAAUUUGUAUAGACAAUUCAACUCCUUGAUUUAAGAAAUAAUAAUAGUUUGGUUUUUAUUUAA